GAUCGUGCAUAAGCUACACUCCUGCAAAACUUCUGCAUUGGCAUUUUCAGGGCGGAUGGCAAACGUAUCAAAAUCUCGCUUCAAUCUGCACCAGCACCAUCCAGCACAUCACAGCUAAAUUUUAUUUGUUUUAGCUUGGUAACCCAGGUGGACCUCGGGCUUUUUACCACGUCGUUAAAGGUCAGCGAAAAAUCCCCAAAACAUGAGAGGAGUACGAGCCGGCAGUGCUCCGUGUGAUGGGGAAUGGCGCUGGCAUGAGCAGGGAAAGCUGAAGGCGAGGGGCAAUAACUCGUGAAAGAGGAGCAGAAAGAAGGAGGGCAGCGCGAAGCGACAGCGAGCCGUUGAUGCGAGAAGACUGAUGGCCUGGAUCUAUAAAACGCUGUUUUUGCAGCGUGCUGGGCGCCGCGUUGCAGUAGAUUAGGGGGAAUGUGUCCUAACGAAUGUUAGUUAAAAUGCCCAACUCUUCAGCCUUGCCUCCUUUGUAGAACUUUAACACCUAUAUUGUGUUUAUUAAUGAUGUUUUUAAAGUUGGGCUUAUUUUUCCUUUUAGAUCUGACCCAUCUUAGCGCACUGACGUGCGUGCUGUAUAUUACACUUAGGUGGUAGGGCAGAGUAAAGACCUUUAUUAGGCGCACUUACAGCAUUUGGAUGAUGGCUCAUCAUUCUGACAGCAGCAGCGACGUAACGACAAUCACUGAAGCGAAGAGGAAUCCAAAGCUUGCAGAUUGCAAUGGCUGCGUAAAAACAUGUGUCAUCCUCCUUUCUCAGGACGCCCAGAGCGGCUCGUGGCCCAGACUCCUGCUCACUAACAUAUGGGGUCCCAACAGAUUGUCCUCGGCGGUGUGCGUGCUGUCUCUCUCCGUUUUCCUGGGACUGGUGGUCAAACGCGUGGACUGGGAAGCCGAGCUGAGCGGCAGCAGUGAGAGCACACAGUCCGGCUCUUCUGCUCAUUCCGUGUCAAACUGCGCCGGGGAGCUGCUGCUGACUUGCUGGCAUUUGCUUCCCCCCGUCUCCACCUUCCUGUGUGCCUUCUUCUGGGUCGGCCUGUAUCUGAUCCGCUGCGGAGUCCCCAUAAAAACUUCAGUCUUUCUGCUGACCGUUUACCAUGUGGGCGAAGCAGCGGCGGGGUGUCUAGUGGACGGGACGGGUGACCGGCUGCUGUACAGCACGGCGAUCGCGGUGCUGCUCGUCUGCCUGGCAAGCGGGGCAUUCAUGGUGCUGAGACUCCAGCGAGGACUUUCCGUCGUCGUCCUCAUCAGCGCGGUCAGGACAGUCUCCCUGAUCUCCCUCAAUAAAGUUCGGGCCAGCUGGAGACCGUACUUGGCGUACCUGGUCGGGGUGCUGGGCAUCCUGCUGGCGAGGCAUGCUCAAAGCCUCCUGCCGUCCGAAGGCAUCCGCAAGGAGGGCUGUACCUCCAUGACCGUAGCGGCGGAAGAUACCCCCGCAUUUAAAAGGCGAAGGAGGUCCAGCUCCGUAAUAUCCUCAGACAUGGCAGAGAGACCGUCCAACAGCAAGUCGCACAGGAGGACAUCGCUGCCAUGCCUUCAGAGGGACCAGACGCUGUGCCAGUCAGAGUGGGAGCACAAGCGAGGCGCCCGGGGAUCACAGUCCUCAGGAACCAGCGUGAUGGUGGACAUCGCGGUGAUGGGUGAGGCCCAUGGGCUCAUCACUGACCUGCUGGCGGACCCCUCACUGCCGCCACACACCUGCAGCUCCCUGCGUGCCGUCAGCAACCUGCUGAGCACCCAGCUCACCUUCCAGCCCCUCCACCGGCCCCGCCUCAACCCGCCUGUCCCUCCGAGUGAUGCCUCCGCCUGCUCUGACUCGGAGGAGGGAUCCGAGCGGGGCGAGAAGCUGGUCACCCCGAAGCGCCUAAGACGUAGCCUUCCCUGUGGGCUGCUGAGGAGAGUGUCGUCCACGUGGACCACCACCACCUCAGCCACAGGCCUGCCUACCGUGGAGCCGGGCCCUGUGCGGAGAGACCGCAGUGCCAGCACCAAGGCUGUCCACGAGGCCGCGCCCUGCAGUCAAGUCAGUGACCUGUGGAACAACUCAGCCAUGCUGACCAUGACCAAGGGCAGGACUGUGUCUGCCUCCUGCACUGCAGGGGGCGCCACAAACCACCUCACCUUCAAAUGGCCAAACAGACCAGGUUGCCCGUCCUCCUUCACCUCGCCUCUGGUGUCCCCUUGCCAGUCUCCCCUCCAGGGCAGCCCUGCUACCACUCCCACCAGCAAAGUCUCCUCUGUGGACCUCGACGACUCAGUGUACUCGCUGGGUGACUAUGUUCCCAGGCUGGACACCCACAGAGCCUUAAUCCAUACCCAGAGUGCCCCUGCCUGCUCAGACUCCUGGUCUGCCAUGGGACUGCUCUGUAGCAGCUGUGGAAGACCUUACAGUGCACUAAGCCAUGUACAGGCCUCCAUCGACAGAAGUGACAGGGGACACGGGACGGAUCCAGCCAUCACAUCGUCAGACUACGACAGCACGCACGAGACCAACAACAGUGACAGUAGCGACUUUGCCCAGAACGAGGAGGAUGGAGGCCAUUCCAGAAAGUCAGAUGGACCAAGAGAGGGCCACUCACCGUAUCGACCAGAAAGCAUCCUGUUGCACUCCUUACUACCUUCAGAGGACAAGGCCAUUCUGGCACAGGAGCCCCUGGUGAUGAAGGAGCUGGACCCGCUCAUGAUUCAGCUAAACAACUGGAACUUUCCUAUCUUCCAUCUGGUGGAGAAGACCCACGGCAAGUGUGGCUGCAUCCUCAGUCAGGUCUCCUUCCGGCUCUUUGAGGACACAGGACUUUUCAACACCUUCAAGAUCCCCCUGCAGGAAUUCAUGAACUACUUUCACGCACUGGAGAACGGUUACAGAGACAUACCAUAUCACAACAGAAUCCAUGCCACAGACGUGCUGCAUGCAGUCUGGUACCUCACCACACAGGCAGUGCCUGGCCUGCCGAGUCUCGGUGACCAUGGCUCGGCCAGCGACUCUGACUCAGACAGUGGCAUCACACACAGCCGUGCAGGCUUUGUGUUUUCCAAGACGUACACUGCGUCGGAGGACAGCUACGGCUGCCUGUCGGGCCUCAUCCCAGCCCUGGAGCUCAUGGCGCUGUACGUGGCAGCCGCCAUGCACGACUACGACCACCCCGGGAGGACCAACGCCUUCUUGGUGGCCACUGGUGCUCCUCAGGCGGUGUUGUAUAAUGACCGCUCAGUGCUGGAGAACCACCAUGCCGCCUCAGCCUGGAGCCUCUUCAUGUCCCAUCCAGAGUACAACUUCCUGGUCAACCUGGACCACGUGGAGUUCAAGCGCUUUCGCUUCCUGGUCAUUGAAGCCAUCCUUGCCACCGACCUGAAGAAGCACUUUGACUUCCUUGCCGAGUUCAACGCUAAGGUGGGCGAUGAUGUGAGCUCGGGCAUUGACUGGUCCAAUGAGAACGACCGGCUGCUGGUCUGCCAGAUGUGCAUCAAGCUGGCCGACAUCAAUGGGCCACUCAAGAGCAAGGAGCUGCACCUACAGUGGACCCAGGGCAUUGUCAAUGAGUUCUACGAGCAGGGGGACGAGGAGACCAGCCUGGGCCUUCCCAUCAGCCCCUUCAUGGACCGCUCCGCGCCCCAACUGGCCAAGCUGCAGGAGUCCUUCAUCACCCACAUCGUGGGACCCCUGUGUCACUCAUAUGACUCGGCCGCCCUCCUGCCUGGCCACUGGGUGGAGCCGGCCGAGGGGGAAGAGGAGCAGGAGGAAGGGGACAGAGACCCGGAGGGAAGCUGGGAGGAUGAACUGCCUGAGGAGGACACCUCCAGCGGCUCAGAAGCAUCCCAAAAGCGAAUCCCAAAGAAACAAGAAAAGAAGCGACGGAAAGUCUUCUGUCAAAUCUCUCAGCACCUCUUGGAGAACCACGAGAUGUGGAAGAAGGUGAUCACGGAGGAGGAAGCCCAGCGGCAGGCGUCAGUGGAGGGGUCGGUGCACCAUGGCAGCUCCACGGGGCCAAUCCUGGCCAUCCACAAGGAGGAGGGCAGGGUGGAGCCAUCCAGAGGCCAGGAGGAGGUGGAAGGAACUGGGGAGGAGACUCCAGAGCCAUCAUGCGAGACUGUAGAAGCACAGGAGGAUGACCCAGAGUGAGGACACCUUCUGAAGAAGGGCGUGAGGAAGAGCAGGAGCCCAAACAUUGGUGUUUUUCUUAUUUUUAAUGAAAAAAGACUUUGAUAUUAUAUUGCCAGCACAUCACCUAGACACAACACUGUAGAAACUACGGGGAACAUGUGCCUGAA